UGUUCAGAGGUCCAAGACACCGCCCCCAUGCCGGGCCUGGUCCGCAAGGCUCAAUUUGGCCACCCUGGCCCACUUGGGCUUACCUCGGCCCAUUUCCGGCCCGUUAGAUUAGAGAGUUUUCCCCUCCUCCUUCUAUAAAUAGAGAAGAAUGCCUCCUAUUUGAGGAUCUCUCUUCUGGCUCUCCUUCUCCAUGUAUUACUUUUCUUCUUCCUCAUUGAUAGUUAGCUCACAAACUCCAUUAAUCGAGGUUCCAAUCUUGUACUAUGUAAAAUGGUGAGGAGAGCAUAUUAAUGAGAAAAGGCGGGCUUGGACGUUAGCCUAAAAAGUCCCGUGAUUUUCUCUCUUUUCGGGUUUCCACGUAAAAAUAGCUAGUUCAUACACUUUAUAUUUAUUCUUUACUUUAUACCGAAUCCAUCGUCCUUAAUAUCCGAAGUUUAUGUUGGGCUUCCGGAUCUACAGGACAAAACCUCAACAUUGGUGCCGUCUGUGGGAAACAGAUCAAAAAGCAUAAGAUAACAGCUACCCAAUUAGCUAUACACGGAUUAUUUAGGCCAAAACAAUCGAAUGACUAGAUGCGAAAAUAGAUGCUGUAUUCCAAGAUGAUGCUGGAGCAGCAGCAGGAAAGAAGAACCACUUGAAGUGGCCGAUCCUUACUCCCAGAAAUCAGCAACGAUGGAGAACCAACAAUGAACCGCUUGGUCAUGAAAAAAGAUGGCUAGUGGAGCCCGUUGCUCACUGAUUGAAGUCAAGGGGCCCAGUUUCUGCUUUCACAAGGAAAGUCUGACAACACAAUAAUUGAAGACUUGACAGAUUCAUCAUUAUCUGAAAGAAGACGUGGGCAGCCCGAACGGAAACUCCCGAACAUCCAAACUAACAGCGGCACCCCCAACCCGCUGUCCCCUGCAAGUGACCAAGCCCAAAAUAGGAAUUUGUAGAGCGUCCGAUCGGGGUAGCCAAACAUCAACUCAUAACAACAUGACAGGUACCCGAAUGGGAGUUUUUAGAGAACCCCAUGAGCAUCCUGCAAAGGGAGGACAUCAUCCGAAGUCCAAACUACAUGCAUACACCAAACGAAGGACCAUAUGAGCAUCCUCUGCUGGAACUUUUUAGAGGACAUCCUCUGCCAACUAUUAGUUGAACAUUGGUUGAACUCGAUCAAGACACUGCUUUGCACAUACACCAAACGAAGGACCAUAUGAGCAAAUAGCCAUUCAAGCCUGCAACUCAACUGAACACCGCUCAAACCCGAGCGGGGGAAGCUUAGAACCAGCAGCACCCAGUUCGCUGCAGGGCCAACUUCCCGUCCGGGAACAUCAGAACUCCAUCAGUAUGCUUGGCCGAUUGGACUUUUCCUGACAAUCAAAGAAUUCCCGUCCGGGCAAAACACCGACCGGCAAAUCACCAGGCCGCCGUUCGGUUUUCCCGACCCGGUUAGCAAACAUCUGCCGGAUGGAGUCUGCCGCCGGGGCUCGGACCCACUGCCCUGUGGGUACACAGCUACACCAGGCCACUCACACGGAUAGAUCCAAGCUUCGGUCAUUUUCUAAAUGCAUGAGUUCUCCGCCUCAAUUAAUAACGAUCGAUCUGGCCACUCAACCCAGACCACCAUUCGCUUCCAUCUGCUCUGGCUUGCACAUCCCGUACGACGAAGCUUCAGCUAUAUCCCGGUUCAGUCCGGGAAGUUCCCGAACGGAAUCACCACCCUCACGUUGAGGAAAACAGGCCCUGAACGGGAAGUAUCGGGUCUUCGCCGAUCGAGAAUCGCCACCCUCACGUUGAGGAAAGCGGGCACCGAACAAGUGACUUAUAACGCCGAUCGAGAUUCGCCUCCCUCCAAGUUCUAAACAUGAGCAUGGGUUUGAUCUGACUGAGUUUGUACCGAAACACCACGAACCAGCCGAUCAGGGAUUUUUAUUUCCAAUCGAUGAGAUGGAUCACAUCUGCUCCAAAGGGAUGGGUUGAUGGGCCGUCUUCGGGUCCAGAAGAUUUUCCCCAGCCCAAAGCGAGAACCUAUUCAUGCUAUGGAGGCUACGUUAUUUGUAAUGGGGACAGACAAAUUCUCACCAAGCUAGUAUUUUGACCACACAGCUAAAGAUCAGCCCAUCCAGCUAAGUACCACAAUUGCAAAUUAAUUCCAUAUAGUGUUAAUAGGAAUGUUUGUUCUCACUGUUGGGCCGCGGGUAUGCGGUGCCAGCAACAGCCAGCCUGUCGGUGCAAUCGGACCGCGUGGCGCUUCGCAUGUGCUAUAAAUGGGGAGGAGCGUGCUACACUAUCAGCGAUUGCUUUUAGUAUAGCGGCUAAGGCUGUUGUAGAGGCAUCUGCAGCCUUCCCGGUUGCCAUAAAUCUGCAAGAAAUCAAACUUAAUGGGUUCAAUUUUGGUUAUCGGAACCAUCUUACCUUUUCUGUACAACUGCUUAAAAAAUCCCCCAAUUUAAGCGUGCUGGAGAUUAAUGCGGCAAAAGGUGGUAAUGAAGCUGUUUCAACACUUUCGGAGGGUGGUUUCUUCACUAGGGGUGAUCUGAAGAUCCUUAAAAGGGUGAAGAUCAAAGGGUUUAGAGGAAUGGAAGUUGAACUGCGUUUUGUGAAAUCACUAAUCUCAACAUCACCUUCAAUUGAGAAUGUUAUUAUUCGUGAAGCUGAAAAUAUCAAUGCCUCUCUUGCUUUCGAGGCUACAAAGAAGCUAUUGAGCUUUCCUCGCGCAUCUCCCAUAGCACAGCUUAUCUACAAGGGGUACAAACCCUAGGUCCCCAGCUAGCUAGCUAUGGCUGCUAUGCUUUGCAUUGGAGGGCAUACUAGUUCAAUUGUGAUAGUGAUAUGGUCAUAUUGUGUGCAGUGUGCAUACAUCCAUGCAUGCAUAGUAGUAAGGAGUACUUCUAUUCGCAUUUGGCUAGUAUGGUAAUGUACAAGUAUGCAUUUGUGAAAGUUUUGCUCCAUAUGUAAGUAUCGGAAUUGAACCUAGAUAUCUAAAUUAAAUCCCAUAUAUAAGUAUGCACUUAUGCGUAUUAGCUCAUUGAAUUGAUUAAGUGGAUCUUUAUCAAUCAAUUAUGCUCUGUCAUUUAUUUUUAAUUUAAUAUUUUGAUGAAAACGGUUAGCAACACAAGAGGGGGG